AAAACAACCAAUCAGGAGGCGGCCACGUAUCCCCAAGUGUUUUGGACCGCCCACUUCUUGUGAAGAACGACAAACAUCAUGGGGGCUAUGGACGUACUGAAGAAGUGGGACUUCUACAAGAAGAUUCCAGAGGACUUGACCGUGUCCACGUUGCCUGGCGUGAGUUUGUCCAUCAUCGGAUGCGCGAUCAUGUUUAUUUUGUUCGUGUUGGAGUUCAACGCGUACCUGACGGUGGCGCACGACUACCAGAUCGUGAUGGACGAAGGUCUGGACGAGAUGCUGCGUAUCAACUUCAACAUCACAGUGCCGGACUUACGCUGUGAGUUUGCGUCGUUGGACGUGAGCGACCAAACCGGCACGCGCAAGCACAACAUGACCACCGACAUUUACAAAAUCCGCAUCGACUCCAAGCGCCGCAUCCUGGGCAUGUCGGCGGAACAGCAGCCCAAGCCGCAGUUCGGCGACGACGCCGAGUACGGCGAUCUCCCCGAAUCGGACGCGGUGGUGACGAUCCUCACCCCCGACACGUUUGAGUCGUUUUUGAAGCAACACCAUUACGUCGCCGUGGACUUCUUCGCGCCGUGGUGCAUCUGGUGCCAGCGUCUCGAGCCAGUGUUCGUGCGCACGGCCAAGUCGCUGCCGAGCCUGCAUUACGGCCAGCGCAUGCGCGUGGCGUCGGUGGAUUGCCAACAGUACGGCGAGCUCUGUGCGUCGCAGUACAUUCGCGCGUACCCGACGAUCAUGUUCUACAAGGACGGCGACUUGUCACCUGUCGAAAUGUACCAUGGCGACCGCACGUUGGAGGGGUUUCUGGACAAGUUCAAGUCGUUGUUUGACGGCGAGCAGGACCUGUCGGAGCACCGCAAGAAGAUUCUGCACGAAGAGGACAAGAAGGAAGCAGCGUCCAAGGGCGAGAUCAUCGCCAAGGCGCCCGGGGCCGAGGGGUGCCAGCUCUAUGGCCACCUCAUGGUAAAGCGCGUACCCGGCAACUUCCACGUGCACCUGCAAAACCCGAGCUACUCGAUGGCCGCGGUCAACGCCAGCCAUGUCGUGGGCGAGCUCUGGUUCGGCGAACCCGUGACGUAUGACGAGAUGAACCGCCUGCCGAAAGAUGCGCAUGCGCACCUGUACGCGCACCGCCUGGAAGGGCGCGAGUUCAUCUCGUACGCGCCAGAGCACACAUAUGUGCACUACAUCAAGGUCGUGACCAACUCGUACGUCCAAAGCAACGGCGACGUGAUCAACGUGUACAAGUACACGGCGCACAGCAACGAGUACAAGGAAGAGACGGACCUGCCGUCGGUCAUGUUUCGAUACGACUUGAGCCCCAUGUCCGUCAAGAUCUCGGAGAAGAGCGUGCCGUUCUAUCACUUUUUGACGUCCGCGUGCGCCAUCAUCGGCGGGGUGUUUACCGUCAUCGGCCUUCUCGACCAAAUCAUCCAUCAAACUGUGCGCGCGCUCAACAAAAAGGUGUUGUAAGAAGGGACUUAACCCUCUCAAUCACAGUGUCACAUGGUGGCUUUGAUCUCGACAGUUUGGAGAGAGUUGGCUAUAGAAACCUGCAACUGUAUCGCAGAAACGCUCGUGUUGUAAAGAGUGAGGGUGUAUAUAUGUAUACUCCUGGAGGUUGCUUUUGCUUGAGAAUACAAGGCCCGUCGCC